GAUGUUUACACCUUUGAAACUUGCAAUCUACGCUGUAAUAGCACUUUUUAGGUGACAAACUCGCUCUUUGAUUUUUCCUGCCGCCAUCUUGUUUUUAGCUGUAUUUUUUACAUUGAACUAAAUAUAACUCAUUGAACUAAAAUAUCAUUGAAACUAAAAAUCAUUGAACUAAAUAUUUAGUUCAAUGAUUUUUUAUGAAAACCGUACGUAUGAAAACCGUACGUCUGUUAUCUUAGCGUACGUUUUGGUGCGAAUGGUCAAAUCAAAUCAAGAUGAUUGCCUUCCCUCAUGGACAGGAUUCAAUACUUUUCCAGUUUAAUGAUUUCUGCAAAGAAAAUCUGUUUAGUGACGACAAAGAUAUAUACAAAAAGAUUAAAAAGAACAACAUCAGAACUUUUACAACCAAAGCAAUUACCGUCAAAGACAGCAAGGGACAACAACUUGCUGUGAAGUCAAGCCGAAAUCUAUUUGCCAAACUACUGGUUUUGUCUACGACGCGCAAUGUCGACUUAAAAGAGUUGUUAUCUUUCAGCCUUAGCGAAUUUCCACUGUCCCUUGCAACUCCAACAGGCGGCUUUGUCAAGACAGCCAAAUCAAAAAUGUUUGAAGUUAUGGAGACGCUGGGUGACAAAUCAGUUCUUGUAGAUGUUCAAAGCCUUCCAGAAAAAAGUACUGCUCUUCUCGUAGACGCGAUGGCAGUCUUGCAAGUCAUCAAGGGAAAAUGGAAGACAUUUGGUGAGUUUGCUGACUCGACUUUAACCUAUUUAACGAAUCUUGCUGCGAAAUGGUCUGCCACGAGGUUGGAUUUUGUAGGUGAUCGAUAUCCCGAAAUUAGCAUCAAGAAUACGGAGAGAGCUCACAGAGCCAGUGUUCAAGGAGUACAGACAGUUCACAUUUUCAAUGAUGCCCAGAAAAUCCCCAAACAAUGGAAAAAGUUCAUGAGCUCUGGAAAAAACAAAGAGUCUCUCAUGGCUUUUUUGGCAAAUCAGUGGCGUACCUAUCCCUCAUCUUUCCUGCGCUCCCUUGCAUGCUUGUACAUAACGUCGCGUGAUAAGUGCAUUUGCCUUACUUUGGCAGUAUCCAAAGAGAACCCAAUUAUCUCCAAUAAUGUCCCAGAGUUAGAAAGCGAUCAUGAAGAGGCAGAUACCCGUCUUCUUCUGCAUUCCAAGCACUCAGCUCAAACCUAUGACAGAAUCAUCAUUAAAACGCCUGAUACAGAUGUCCUUGUUAUAUCUAUUGCCAUGCAAAAGCUUAUUGGAAAAGAUAUAUACUUACUAACAGGAACAGGUUCUAACACUCGCACCAUAGACAUUGGAGCUGUAUCUGAUGAGUUAGGAGACGCUCUCUGCAAAUGUUUACCUGGAUUCCAUGCAUUCACAGGCAAUAAUUCAUGACACUGCUCAUUAUUAUUAAAUACAUAACAUAUUUAACAAGUAUAACAUGUUCAUUUGUAGGCUGUGAUUCCACAAGCGCCUUUGCUGGAAAAGGCAAAGUAAAGCCUUGGAAAUUGCUUUUAGAAAAUCCUGAGUUUUUAGAGCCUUUCUCGUUGCUUGGCCAAUCGUUUGAGAUUUCCGAAGAAGUUUCCACUCCUUUGAAUAGAUUUGUCUGCCUGCUUUAUGGCGACAAAAAGGGAACUUGCGUCAAUGAUUCAAGGUAAGGCCUUGUUGCGAAUUCUAUUCACACAUCUGCACUUUUUGUAUCUUUUUGGAUUUGUAGGUACGCCUUGUUUGUGUCUGGGAAAUGUUCUGACGAUUGCCUCCCCCCUAACACAGACAGUCUGAUGCUGCACAUCGAGAGAUCAAACUAUCAAGCAUAUAUUUGGAACAAAUGCCUUCUGCCGAAAAUGAGACUCCAGCCCCCGUGUGGAAACGGAUGGCUCAUCGAAGACGACCAAUUGAAAGUUCUAUGGAUGACUCGGCCGUCAGCACCUGACACCCUAAUUGAGGUCGUCACCUGCCAUUGUAAAACUGGGUGCAAAACCCUUAGAUGCUCAUGUUUGAAGUCUGGCUUUAAAUGUACCGACUUGUGUGGCUGCGCGGACUGCUGUAAUUUUGUUGCAGGAGAUGACGAUUUGUCAGAAGAUGAGAAUGAUGAUGAUGAUUGUGAUGAUAAAGACGAUGAGUACGAUAGUGAGGAAGAUUAAUAGAUUUACAGAUUUAUAGAUUAUCGCUUGAGGAAUAUGCGCGCAUCACAUCAAAUUUGUCGAUUCAGGUCGCACGUUUAGUAUAAUUAGUCAUAUAAUAAUAUAAUGUUAUGUAUUAUUUGCUCAUAUAAUUAGACCAUUUAAAAGGUCAUAUAAAUCUGCAUUGUAUUUGAACGAAAAUAGCUAGUAAGAAAAGGUCUUACUAGGACGCUUACAAGUAACGAGUAAUCUUCUCUAUAAUAUUAUAUAAGUAUUUAAUGAUGUAAGCGCACGGGUUGAGGUCAUCCACUCAGAACAACUGAGCCUUUCUCUUUUGUUUAUAAUGUUCAAAUUUUUAGAUAGAUACCGCUUUCCCGCAGUUUUGCACUGCUAAAAUACAUAAGAAAUAAUUGAAAUCCUAAAUGUCACUAUACUCACUUUGAUCAAAUACUGUAGUUUACUAAAUAUAUAUUUUCUCUUUUCUGUUUUAAAUUAAUAAACAAUAUGUAUAUAAAAUACUUCAAGCAAAAAAAAAACGGAAAAAAACUAAAAAGACUGCCUUAAAAUCCUCGAUUUUGCCGCCUCUUUCUCUAUCUGAGCCUGCGAAUAAUACAGCGGUCUUCCACAAAAAAGAAUGGCGGACUAUGGAAAAACAAUAGGAUUCAAUUCGUAAUUUCGAGGGCUAAAACUCCCUAGAUUGCAAGAUUUGGAGGUGUAAACAGGUAAAUUCUUGUUAGUUAUGGAAAAAGCAAUCAAUUCAUGUAGUUUUUACGUAGUCAUAUAUUUUUACAUACGAACUUGAACGAUAAUCGACCACAGAAUACGGCCUAAUUAGAAAAACGCCACAACUUACAAUACGAGAGGUUAUGAAAGAAUACCCUCGUCUUUUGAUGUCCCUGGCAUGGUUGAAAUAGACUUUGCAACAUUGUAUCCAGAUGUCGCGGAUAAUCUUUUUCUGCGAUUUACACCAGAAACAGUAGAGAAAAUAAUUUGUUACGCAGAUACACAAACAGAAAAAUGGACAAAAUACUUGAAUAUUGCAACAAGAAACCUGAAUUGCGAUGAAGAGAAAAGAAAUGCUGCGAUUUGUCUCCUUCCAUGCGUUUUUCCUACUGGAAGAAAGAAUAAAAAGAGGUGUACAACUGAUGAAGCAUUAUGUGCUUUUAUCGAUUGCCAACCGGUCGGUACAAACACACCUAAAUAUUUAGAAACAGCCUCAAGAUGGCCGUUUGUUUUAGCAAUUGGUAGUCGAUGCAGCCCAACGCAAGUGUUCGUUAUAAUCGAAAGCCAGGGCUUGGAGCAGCCUAAUCUUUUGAGGGCAAUUGAUGUUUGCUUUAAACUAUUUUACGUACUUGAUGUUAAUUACCUAUGGCAGAAUUGUUCGUCGUGGGAGUUUAUAGAAAAGGUUUUGUAUGGCAUUGAGGACCAUGGAAAACAGAAGACUAAACCUGCUGUUGUUGCAAUGAGAGCAACGUUAAAGUAAUCAGACCAUUGACGUUAAAAUAUAUUGAUAUAAAUUUAAGCUUCUCCAGCUAUUGCAUGUACCUGUUGUUAAUAUACAUGAUACUUGUCUAUCUUCUGUUUUUAGUUUUUACUAAAUGUAAGUUGUGUCCGUGCAAUGUUUUUACUUAAAUAAAUUUACUUUUUGAGCAUAAA